CUUUUGCUAUUUAACUAGUUACAAACUACAACUUCUCCUUCGUCUCUAUCACUCAACCCGAUAGAUAUAUUUAUCACCUUCUACCAAUCACCCCCAGCUCACCGCCAUCCACUACCUGCUUGCUCUGCUGUCAAUUCAUAUCCUAUCCUCUUGCAUUCCAUAUCAUCCCUAUCUCAGACUCUCAAUUCUGCCUCCGUUUAUCUCCUCCCUGCCAUACAGCUUGUGUCUCUAUAGCCCUCAGCUAACACAGCUUGAUUCACUCCCUGCAUAACCGGUAGAACAUUAGCGCUGCUCGAGGGCCUGAGGGGUCCUCCAUCUCCCCGUCUGUCUUCCAGACCCAUCGCCAAUUGUCCUGGCACAUCAUGAAGGCUACUCCUCUCCUUAUCUCCUGGCACGACGACAACGCACCUAUCUACUCCACUCAUUUCGAUCCUCACGGCAAAGGCCGACUCGCUACAGCGGGAAAUGAUAACAAUGUUCGAUUAUGGAAAGUCGAAACAAUCGGCGAGGAGCGAAGAGUUACAUACCUUUCGACCCUCAUUAAACACACACAGGCAGUAAACGUUGUCCGCUUCAGCCCUAAAGGCGAAAUGCUAGCAUCUGCUGGGGAUGAUGGGAACGUGCUGCUUUGGGUUCCUUCCGAACUGCAGCCACAUGGAAGGGCCCUGGGAGAAGACCGAUCCGAUGACAAGGAGACAUGGAGGGUGAAACAUAUGUGCAGAUCCUCUGGGGCCGAGAUAUACGAUCUUGCUUGGUCUCCUGACGGCGUUUUCUUCAUAACAGGCAGCAUGGAUAAUAUUGCGCGAAUAUAUAACGCGCAAACCGGUCAAAUGGUUCGCCAAAUUGCAGAACAUUCCCAUUAUGUCCAGGGAGUUGCGUGGGAUCCUCUCAAUGAAUUUGUGGCAACGCAGUCCUCGGACCGAUCAGUGCAUAUUUACACACUGAAGACGAAGGACGGGCAGUUCACGUUAACAUCCCACGGCAAAUUUGUCAAAGUGGAUCUCCCCGCCCGGCGCAUAUCUUCAAGUAGCCCAGCUCCUCCAGAUAUUGGCCUGAGAGGUCAAUCUUCAACCAGCAAUGCUUUGUCAUUAUCUUCGCCUGGCCCAUCAACGCCUGGAACCCCAAUGACAACAGCCUUGCCUAUGGAUCCUCCACCAGUAUCCCAUAGUCGCCGUUCUUCCUUUGGUUCCUCCCCAUCAAUGCGACGAUCGGCAUCACCGGCGCCCUCCAUGCCACUCCCCGCUGUAAAACCGUUGGAAGUAUCCUCUCCAGGCCUUUUCGGAGGACUUGGAGUGAAAAAUGCCAGCAUCUAUGCAAACGAGACAUUCACGUCCUUUUUUAGACGUUUGACAUUUGCGCCAGACGGAAGCUUACUUUUCACGCCCGCUGGACAAUAUAAAACUUCGCAUGGACUCCACGGCGAUCCUCCUAAGACUAGUGAAGAGGUGAUAAAUACCGUAUAUAUUUACACUCGAGCAGGUUUUAAUAAACCACCGAUUGCUCAUCUUCCAGGACAGAAGAAACCGUCGGUAGCGGUCAAGUGCUCACCUAUUUUCUAUGCCUUACGGCAUGGGACAAAACCUACCCGACAUAUCACGCUCGACACCUCGUCUGGCGAAGAUGCUUUUCCAUCACUCCCGGAUUCCGCGGUUUCUGCAACUACCCCAACAAGCAACCCCUUCAUGGAACCCCCGCCGCCAUUGAACACUUCGACAUCUGACCUUUCCCGCCAUCUCACUUCUCCCAAGACGACUGAAACAGAAAAUGGGGCCACACAAGGAGGGCCUAGCCCUGCCUUCGCACUACCGUAUCGGAUAGUUUAUGCUGUUGCAACGCAGGAUGCGGUUCUUGUCUAUGAUACCCAGCAACAAACACCAAUCUGUAUAGUGAGCAAUCUGCACUAUGCCACAUUUACAGAUUUAACCUGGUCAAACGACGGCUUAACGUUAAUAAUGAGCUCAUCAGACGGAUUCUGCUCAACCCUAGCCUUCUCACCAGGAGAGCUUGGCCAAGUCUAUAACCCCAGUUCAAGCGAGAAGGCCGAGCACAUUCACCAUAUUUCUACUACCUCCUCCACAAACGCUACUCCUCUCCCCACGCCGAGCUUCGCGACAUCCCCCUCCCUUUCCAAGCCAAACCCAAUCUUCUCCGCCCCCACACCCACUAGCACAACAACCACAACAACCGCCACCGUCAUUCCGGCCCGUCCCGCCAGCCCAGCCGGCUCCACAACCUCAUCCAUCACCCAACUCUCCGCAGGCAUCCCCCAACUCUCAACCUCAACCUCCGGCCCAGGCUCGAAUUCCAACUCCAUGGUCAUAAACAACCCAACACCCACCCUGGGCUCCGUCCCCUCCGUAACAGCCACAAACUCCGGCCCACCACCUCUCCAACAAGCCGGUCUACCACUAAGCACGCCUCCCCAAACGCCCAUGUCCGGCGUCUCGCACAGUGCUACGAGUUCUGUCAGCGGUAGCGUGCUGGGGAAACGGGACCUGGGAACCGUGAGCGAGUCGGAGAGGGAUGAGAGCAGGGAGAGUGGGAAGUAUAGUAGUAGGGAUAGUGGAGCGGAUUUGGAGGGGGAAGUGACCGCUGCUGUGCCAGCGGUGAAGAAAAGGCGGGUCGCACCGACUCUGAUUUCUGGGGUUGGGACGGUGACGACCCCAGUGACGGCUGCGUUGGCCCAUCCAUCCAAGGAGGCAAAAUGAAUUCGAUUGAAAUAACUUCUCCGAAGGGAUAGCAGGAUAUGAAUUAUAUGCUUCAGAUCGGGCGUGGACGGUUUUUUUCCCCUGCUUUUCAGUUUUCAGUAACGAAUUCUUGACUAGGACCGACAGGUAUUGUUAUUUGUUAUUUUUUUCUGGUUUCUUUUAUUGUUCGUUAUUGUAAUUGCACUUUUGAUGAAAUUUUGAUAUCAGGCGGGGCCGUCAUUUUUUUUUUAUAUCUUUGUAUGUCUCCCUUUCUCACUAUUUAUUGUCUCCCCAUCUCAGUUCAGCACCU